UUUCUAUUCACCUACGCAAAGAACUCACUCUCUCUUUCUCCUGCGACAUCUUCUUACGACAGUGCAAAAGCUUCUAGGUAACUUCUCUUCUACUCCAUUCCCUUCUCUUGCUCCUAUUCAUAUUGAAAUCCUAUCCUUCACUGCUUCUUAUCAUUCUUUUACAGAACUGUUGUUCAAGUAUUCUAACUGGUAAAGGUUUACUUUGCUUCCUUAGCUUCGUCGUGUUGUUUCUAUUACUUCUGUGUAGAUUUAGUAUAAUGGUGAGAGGUUCAAAGAAAAGAUGUCUGAAGGCCUUGGUAUUGCUACGGGAGCUAAGAGGAACAGAAGAGACCCUUCUUGGAAGCAUAAUGUUGAAGUAAACAUUCCUGGAGAAAAGAAGAACUAUAAAUACCUACAGUGCAACGAUUGUGAAAAACAAUCACAGGAGGUAUAAAGAGUAUGAAAGACCAUUUUGCUUGUACCAGAAAGAAUGUUUCUCAAAGAUAAAUAUUACUGGGGCAAGUAUGGCCUACACUAUCAAAUCCACAAAAUCGUUGGUAGAAGUGUUGAGUUUAGUUGAUUCUGAAAAGAACCCGCAAUGGCUUACCUCUAUAAUGAUAUGGAUGAGGCAAGGAAAAGAUAGCAAGGAAUUUAGGUGGAGAUGUAAAAGAUUACAAGGAAAUAUGGGAUAGUAUUGAUGAGAAAUGGGAUACUAUCUGAAUCCCCGUUGCUAUUACGCUGAUAACUUUUCAACUCAACCGGAGGUCAAGCUUGGUUUGUUUCAUUGCUUGGAGAAACUCAUACUUAGCAGAGAAGAUCGGGCGAAAGCUGACCUUCAAUGCAGCACUUUCCACAACCAAGAAGUUGAAAGGUGGAUUCAAUACGGAGAUGGCACUCCCGAGCUUCAAACUUUUGCAAUAGAAGUAUUACAUCUUACUUGUUCAUCAUCCGACUGUGAGCGAAAUUGGAGUACUUUCAAUCAAGUACACACCAAGAGAAGAAAUCACUUGACAACAAUUAGGAUGAACUCUUUUGUCUAUAUAAUGUUCAACAAAAGACUUAAACAUCGACACCUUAAACUGAGAUCCCUAACCAAUGAAAAGGAAAAUCUGUAGGUUGAUGACUUGCCAUCU